AUGGGGUUUGAUUUCGCGUUAUUGCUUGGGAAAUUGGGUAGCAAUAGACUUGCUACCUCUGAGUACUCUUCCAUUGUCUCUAUGAACUUGUUUGUUGCUCUUCUUUGUGCUUGUAUCGUAAUCGGUCAUCUUUUGGAGGAGAAUCGAUGGAUGAACGAAUCUAUCACUGCCCUUGUCAUUGGUAUUUGCACUGGAGUUGUUAUUUUGUUAAGCAGUGGAGGAACGAAUUCACAUCUUCUAGUCUUCAGUGAAGAUCUUUUCUUCAUUUAUCUUCUUCCACCUAUCAUCUUCAAUGCUGGGUUUCAGGUUAAGAAGAAACAAUUUUUUCGCAAUUUCAUGACCAUUGUGCUAUUUGGUGCUGUUGGCACUGUGAUAUCUUUCACCAUCAUAUCAUUUGGUGCUAUAAAUAUUUUCCAAAGGAUGGAUGUUGGUACCCUUGAGCUGGGAGACUUUCUUGCAAUUGGUGCAAUAUUUUCAGCCACCGAUUCCGUUUGCACUUUGCAGGUGUUGAAUCAGGAUCAGACACCUUUAUUAUAUAGUCUGGUGUUUGGUGAAGGUGUGGUGAAUGAUGCCACAUCAGUUGUCAUCUUCAAUGCAGUUCAAAACUUUGAUCUCUCUCAGAUCACAACUGCUGUUGCAUUUCAACUGAUUGGAAAUUUCUUUUAUUUAUUCAUCACAAGCACACUUCUAGGAGCUGGAGCUGGGCUACUAAGUGCUUAUAUUAUAAAGAAGCUAUAUUUUGGAAGGCAUUCAACUGAUAGAGAAGUUGCUAUAAUGAUACUCAUGGCUUAUCUUUCAUACAUGCUAGCUGAGUUAUUCUAUUUGAGUGGCAUUCUCACUGUUUUCUUCUGUGGAAUUGUGAUGUCUCAUUACACUUGGCAUAAUGUCACAGAGAAAUCUCGAGUUACUACCAAGCAUACCUUUGCAACAUUGUCAUUUGUUGCUGAGUUAUUUAUCUUUCUUUAUGUCGGAAUGGAUGCUUUAGAUAUUGAAAAGUGGAAGUUUGUAAAAGACAGCCCUGGGACUUCGGUUGAAGUGAGUGCAAUUUUAUUGGGAUUGGUUUUAGUUGGAAGAGCAGCCUUUGUAUUCCCCUUAUCAUUUUUAUCCAAUUUAACAAAGAAGGCUCGACAUGAGAGAAUAGAUUUUAGGCAGCAAGUUUUAAUAUGGUGGGCUGGUCUUAUGAGAGGUGCUGUAUCUAUGGCCCUUGCUUAUAAUCAGUUCACCAAGUUAGGGCACACAACAUUGAGGGGGAAUGCAAUCAUGAUCACAAGUACUAUCACUGUUGUCCUUUUCAGUACAAUGGUAUUCGGUCUAAUCACACAGCCUCUAGUCCGACUCCUACUCCCCUCACCCAAAUCCAUGACCCGUAUGAUUUCAUCCGAACCCACCACCCCAAAAUCCUUCAUCGUCCCGCUUUUAGGAAACGGGCAAGAUUCCGAAAUCGACCUGGGCCCACACGUGGUCCGCCCCUCGAGUCUGAGAAUGCUACUUUCAACCCCUUCACACACAGUCCACCACUAUUGGAGAAAAUUCGAUAACGCAUUUAUGCGUCCGGUUUUCGGUGGGCGUGGAUUCGUGCCAUUUGUCCCCGGGUCACCAACCGAACAGAGUACUCAUCAUUUAAUCGAUGAAGAAACCAACUAAAGGAAGUUGUAGAAUUAUCAAUUAUGUAUGUGUAUUUAUUUGUUUGUUGAUAGAUUGGAUGACUAUUUUGAACCGAGAUCCGGUUUGUUGUUUUAUUUAUAUUUAUAUAUGUUCAGUUUUGGUUGGAAGGUGUGAAACAAACCACACAGAGUUGUGUGUGAGACAGAGAGAGUGUGUAGAUUAUUUUGUUAGGUUUAUAAUUUGUGUAUUUUGUGUGUAUCGAAUUUCGUCGUUCAAAUCGUUGAUUUGUGUAUUUUGUUAUGUAAGUUGUUCGUUGUGC